CCGCGGCGACGGCAAGAUGGCGGCGCCCACUCUGCUGCGCGGGGGGCUGAGGCGGUUGUUCACCGGGCUCUUCGGAAAGGCUUGGGCCCCGCCGCCUGCCCGAGCCCUCCGGGAGGUCGUGGAGGUGACUGAAGGCAACACGACCACAAUUGAAGGGAGAAUUAUAGAAGAUCCUGAAACACCAACUCCUCCAAACCCCUCUGGCCAGUGUCCCAUCUGUCGCUGGAACCUGAAGCAUAAGUAUGAUUAUGUGGACGUCUUGCUCCUGAGUCAGUUUAUCCGUUCUGAUGGAGGGAUGCUGCCACGAAGGAUCACAGGCCUCUGCUUGGAGGAGCACAAGAAGAUUACCGUCUGUGUGCAGAUGGCUCACCGUGCAGGUUUGUUGCCAAACCACAGACCUCCACUUCCUGAAGGGCAUGUUCCCAAGAAACCUCAGCUGAACAGGUAUCUGACCCGCUGGUCCGUCAAAUCUGCAAAGCCCAUCUGGAAGAGGGGCCCAAAGUGGUGCAAAAAACCUUUCCCAGUCGGACACCCUUUGCUGAGGGAUAAUGUCAAAUACACGCACAAGCCUCUGGCUUUGAACCACUAGUGGCCAGAAGUGGCAUAGGCACUUAGCACAGCUGUUUGCCACUGCUCUGCUUUUUUUUGCAAGUUUGUUACUAUCUCAAAAUUGUCUUAUUCAAAACCUGUCAUUAGUACUCUCUGUUGUCUCCAGUAAAUGGGCCGCCAUCUGCUCCUCUAGAAUACAAGACUGAGCAAAGCAAAGUUCAGUGUGCAGAAUGAUUUGGAGAAGGCAGGGGGCAAAGACUUUAAGCUCAAAGCCAGAAAGGAUCUGAAGGCUUUGUUUCAUUACAGCCACGACCGGGUUUGGAAAAGGACGUCUCCUUCUUUUUCCAGCAGCGAAUGGUGAUUCCCCAUUAACGCGUGUUUCUACUCAGAUUUGCCUCAUUUGGGCUUUCGUACCCGUGCCACCAACAAAAGAAAAAGUCUCCUGCAGCACUGUUUCCUUGGCAGUAACAGAAAACGUUCAUGACUACUGACAUUUUUUGUUUUUCCUAAUCUGUACUAUCCGUAAUGUACAGGAAAACACCUGUGGCAGUGAUUACAGGCAUGUGUGCAUCUUACAUGUGCCCUUAAGGAAUUCCUGGGUUGUGCAUCACUCCUGGAUCUAGCAAAUACAGAAUGCCGAUGUUGUUGA